AGUGUCAAAGUGCCUCGUGCGUGGACCUCUCUCGUCAAUCUAAAAAUCCUCAGGUUAUUUCUUCCUCAGUUAAUCAAUCUCUAAUUACAUUGUAAUCAAUUGUAAAGUAAUUCGUAAUCAAGUGAAAGUGAUUUGGCAUAAUCUCUGGAUAAUGAUCGCAGCGAAAUAAUUUGAGAAAUUUCACUCGGUCGUUGGUGAUGAUCCAGAGCAUCCUCAGAUUCGUCUUCUGAAGAAGAAGAAAUGUCCGGGUCCUUGGGACGGAGGAUCUCUGGCGCUGUCGCAGUACUCCGGGGCAGACCCUUCGAAAUUAAAUCGGAUGAAUCGAUUAAUAUCGGUACCUCCGAGAAAACAGCAGUGGAGAACGAAACCAAUCCUGUGAAAAGUCAUCCCCGGAGAGCACUUAUGAAGAUUGAAGAAUGGAUGACGAAAAAUUUAUUACUAGUUCUAACGGUUGUUGGAGUUAUUACUGGAUUUGGUUUUGGAUUUCUGGGACGUCUCGGAAAUUUCUCAGACGGAAAUAUCAUGUUAAUUAGUUUUCCCGGAGAAAUUCUCAUGCGACUGCUGAAGAUGUUUAUAUUGCCACUCAUCAUUUCCUCGUUAAUUACCGGGAUGGCUAAAUUAGACGCUAAAAGUUCAGGAAGAAUGGGCUGCAGAGCCUUAUGCUAUUAUCUGGGAACAACAGUGUUAGCUGCGAUCCUAGGAAUAGCUGUAGUCAUGAUUAUUCAUCCUGGAGAUCCUAGAAUCAAGAGCAUGACUUCUGUUAUCUCUCGUCAGAACAAUUCCUUGGAUCAACGUAUGUCGACAAUGGACGCAAUGCUCGAUAUUAUAAGAAAUUUGAUUCCCGAAAAUUUAGUUCAAGCUUGCCUACAGCAAGUGCAAUCAUCCUACGUUAAAACCCCUGUCUUCGCAUCCUUGGGACAGGAAAAUAAAACUGAAUAUAUAAUGGAACAUCAACUUGUUUACAAGGAUGGAACGAAUGUCAUGGGGAUGAUAAUGUUUUCUAUUACAUUUGGUUUAUUAUUGGGUCAGAUGGGGCAGAAGGCCCAAGUGAUGGUGGAUUUCUUCGAGGCUCUUAACGAAAUUGUUAUGAAAAUUCUCAGCCUCAUCAUUAUGUGGUACGCACCAAUUGGAAUAAUGAGUUUAAUAGCUGGAAAAAUAAUGUCGAUAUCGAACUUAGUAAUAACUGCGAAGAUGUUGGGCCUCUACAUGGUGACAGUAAUCGUGGGUCUUCUCAUUCACGGAAUGGUGACACUUCCCUUGAUAUUUUGGAUUAUUACUCGCCGAAAUCCCCUAACUUAUUUCCGCGGAAUGAUUCCAGCGUGGCUUGCAGCAGGUGCCACUGCCUCCAGCGCAGCAAUUAUGCCCAUUACAUUUCGAUGCCUCGAGGAGAACAAUGGAAUUGACUCUCGAGUCACGAGAUUUGCUGUUGCCAUCGGAGCUACAGUUAAUAUGGAUGGAACAGCGCUUUAUGAAGCAGUUGCUUCUAUUUUUAUUGCUCAGAUGAAUGGAAUUCAUCUAGAGAUGGGAGAUGUGAUUACUGUCAGUAUUACUGCCACUUUGGCGAGUAUUGGAGCAGCGAGUAUUCCAAGUGCUGCAUUGGUGACGAUGCUACUAGUAUUAACAGCUCUUGGUCUUCCCACCAACGAUAUUCCAUUAUUGUUCGCUGUUGACUGGUUAUUAGAUCGUUUGAGAACAUCGGUCAAUGUUCUCGGAGAUGGCUUUGGUGCAGGUGUAGUAUACCACCUCAGCAAACACGAACUCGAAAAAAUGGACGAGGAGAGAAAAUUGGAAUGUUUGGAAUCUGUCAUACACGACGAUAAUCUGCAGUCGUGUCACACCGAGAACGAGGACUCGUGUGAUAUGAAAAUAUCUGAGAGCAAAGUUUAGACCGCUUAGAAUAUUUCCCUUCUCACAUUUCAUUACAUAUUAGUCAUCCAUCUAAAAAAAAAAUUCCAGAAACUGCCAGACGAUAAUACUAUCACUGAAAAU